CGCGGUUUUAACCUACAGGAUCUUCUGAAGAUUUUGUCAAGAAUCAGAUAUGCCUUAUGCCAAUCAACCUAUCGUCACAUUGACAAGUUUUAACAAUGAAAACAUAAAGUUUGUCUUGGAAGAGACUGAUUUGAGUGUAGCCAAUGCUAUUCGACGUGUUUGUAUCGCUGAAGUCCCAACUCUUGCAAUCGAUUGGGUACAGAUUGAAGAUAACAAUACCAUGUUAAAUGAUGAAUUCAUCGCUCAACGUGUUGGAUUGAUUCCAUUGACAUGUGAUAAUGUAGUUGAUAAAAUGACCUAUUUCCGAGAAUGUCCGUGCCGCGAAUUCUGUGAACAAUGUUCCGUGGAACUCACAUUAGAUGUAUGUUGUACUACAGAUGCACCAAGGCAUGUUACGGGAGCCGACCUGAUCAGUAGUAACCGUGAUGUACAACCUGUACCGUCAAGAGAUGCUGAUGAGUCGUCAUAUGUUGGCCAGGAAUCCAUACUAAUUGUUAAAAUGCGCAAAGGUCAGCGCUUGAAAUUAAGAGCUAUCGCUAAGAAAGGCUUUGGUAAAGAACAUGCGAAAUGGAAUCCAACUGCUGGCGUAGGAUUUGAAUACGACCCGGACAAUGCCUUAAGACAUACAUUUUUGCAUAAACCUGAAGAAUGGCCACGUUCAGAAUAUUCAACUUUACCAGAAAAUGAGCAUCAAGCACCUUAUGAUCCGACUGGAAAGCCAAAUCGUUUCUAUUUCAACAUCGAAACUUGUGGGUCAUUACAACCGAGAGCAAUUAUAUUUUCCGGUUUAACUGUUUUGAAAAGAAAAUUACAAAACCUUUUAGACAAUUUAACACAAGAAGGUCUUUGAAACUGAAUUAAUUAACGAGUUUUGUAAAUAUUUGUAAUAAAUUGAUGUAUAUUGUGUAAA